UCCAGUAUCCAGUGUAUAUGAUCUAAGGGGGGAAGCGCUCAUCCAUAGAUAAUAAAUUAUUUAUUUUCAUUUAUUAUCUAUGCGCUCAUCACUACACAAAGGGAACGGUUAACAAAUAACAACUAACAGGACGGUACAAUAACAAUAUUAUCUUUUAUUAUUAUUGUAAUUGUUAUUAAUAUUUAGGGACUACUUGCCCUGUCGGCCUCAGACUUAUUAAAAAUUAAAUUAAUUCGGACAUACUGAUAAUACUACGGCAAUCACCUCUACCACCACGAAACGGCACCCGCGUUAUUGUUGUGAGACCACCAGCAAGGCAGCAACUAUCUUUUUUUUUCAAAAAAGAUUAAUGCGAACGGCGCAUCGUGAUUAGUGUUGUAUGCACUUGGAAGUCUGAGCGUAUAACAGAGAUCAUUUUUUCAGUCAUGUCAAAUCAAUUGCCAUCUAAAUCAGAUGCGACAAAUUGUUCAGGAACGGAAGACAACAAUCCCACGGAUACUAGGCAAACUAUAACUUUCGAAUGGACUAUAGAACUUGAGCAGUGUUUGCUAUUCAGCAUGAUUGGUAUAAAGCCUUGUGGAAUUAACAAACACUUAAAUUUACUUGUACUAAAAGAAAGAAUCAAUAAACAGUUAAAAAUUGAUAUACCAAUUAAUGUUCUAUGGAGUUAUAUCUCAAGUAAAUGGGAUAUUAGAGCUGCUGAUAUUAUUGAAGCAGAAAAUUUUGAUACUGCCGAGGAAGAUUUUGUUUUACCAGAAGAGUAUGACCAGUUGAUUGCUGAAGAAAGAGAAAAAAUUAGAAAACUAAAUAAAGAAAGUGAUGAAAAAAAUGAUGAAAUUCAUAAGAAAAAAUCCCUAAACUUGAGUGGAAAAACAAGAUCCAAAUCUAAUUCUAUGUCCUCUGUAGAUUCGAAGGAAGGUCUCAAUGAGACAAUUACUUCAACAUUAUUAGAAAGCUCUCCAGCUAAAACCAAUGAAGUUGGUUCUGAUGAUGGUCCAUGUACUAGAAGAUCAUUGCGCACAAAUGACAAACUAGAAAAUAGUAAACCCGAUGAAAAAAACAAGUUAAAAGAUUUGAAACAGUACAAUAAAAAAAGUUUAAAUGAAUCUAAAGAUGUGGAGAAGAUUGAAAAAAUCUCAAAUUUCAGAGGUCGAAACAGAAAAAGUAGAAAUGUGUCAGAAUCUAGUUUUAGUUCAGAUAAUAGUAAACAGCGUAGGAAUCAUAAAACUAAUUUAACAGAUUUAACUAUUUCAGAUAGCUCUUCUAGGUCAGUAACUCCAGAGAUUUUAAGAGGUAAAACUUCAAACCGUUCUGUUACACCUGAAACUAUUAGUAGAAAAUCUAACUUGCGCUCUAGUGAUAAGGAUCAGAAAUCAAAACUUGCAUUAGAAAAAGCAUGUCUAAAGUUUGGUCAUCACGUUGAUCUGGUUUUACCAGAAAUAAAAAUUGAACGUUUAAAACCUGAAAAGCAAUUGGCUUCUUUAAUGGAAGCAAAGUCUAAAAGUUCGAUACAUAGUAAAAACGAAGCAAAUAACAAAGUGAAAGCUAAAAUACGUAAUAGAUUAACAUCCGAUCUAUUAGUAGUUCAACAAUCUCCAGAUAUACAAUCAUUGGGCAGGCGCUCUUGUAGCAACAAAAAUUCAUAAAAUUUAAAAAUAACUUUUGACAUACUAAUUAUUUUUUCUUUAAACUAUAUAUGUAUUAUUAUGUAUUUAAUUAUAAAUGUCUAAUGUAACUAAUAAAAUGUCUAUUAUAUCUUUAAUAUAGUGUUGUUGAGAUAUUACGAGAUUUUACGUUUUUUACUCACUGACAUAUUGUACAAAUAUUACGAAGAAAUGUAAACGUUAUGUUUUAAAUUAAAUACAGUGAGUUCUGCUUAAUGUGAUCACUGGUUUAUAGAAUCAAAUGGUUAAUAGAAUCAAAAUGACCUGCACCAAAGUGAUCACAUUAAGCGGAACCCACUGUAAUUAGAGUAUUCAAUUAUUUUUUUU